ACAAUGGCGGACAAACUUGGCGCAUUGAAGCCCCAGAGGAAGAUCGAGCUGUACUCGGGGAACUACUUCGCAGCAUGCACGCUCGGCGGUAUCAUUGCGUGUGGACCCACGCAUACCAUGGUCACUCCUCUUGAUCUGGUGGGUACAAAAUGCGCCUAACAGCAUACAUCUGGAUCUCUGCUCAUUUACAUGGAAUCAAUCGCUAACAUGCUCCAGGUAAAAUGCCGUCGCCAAGUAGAUGCAAAGCUCUACAAAUCCAACGCCGAAGCUUGGAAAAUGAUCUACUCGAAAGAAGGCCUACGCGGCGUCUUCUUCGGCUGGUCACCCACCUUCGUCGGCUACUCGUUGCAAGGCGCCGGCAAGUACGGAUUCUACGAGGUCUUCAAGUACCUCUACGGCGAGAAGCUCGCGCCCGGAGCCCCCAAAACAUUCGUCUUCCUCGCUGCCUCCGCCUCCGCUGAGUUCCUCGCCGAUAUUGCGCUGUGCCCCCUCGAGGCGAUCAAGGUCCGCAUGCAGACUACGAUGCCACCGUACGCAGAUACACUGAGAGAGGGUUGGAGUAAGGUGGUCAGGGAGGAGGGUGUUGGUGGAUUGUACAAGGGUUUGUACCCGCUCUGGGCACGUCAGAUUCCGUACACGAUGGUUAAGUUUGCGACGUUCGAGGAGACGGUGUCGCGGAUCUACAAGUUCAUCGGCAAGCCGAAGGAGUCGCUGAACGGGCUUCAGCAGACUGGUGUCUCGUUUUUGGGUGGUUACAUCGCGGGUAUUGGGUGUGCAGUUGUGUCGCAUCCCGCUGAUGUCAUGGUCUCGAAACUCAACAGCGACCGCAAGGCCGGUGAGGGUGCUGGACAAGCGAUCACUAGGAUCUACGGCAACAUCGGUUUCCGCGGUCUCUGGAACGGAUUGCCGACACGUAUCUUCAUGAUUGGUACUUUAACCGCGUUCCAGUGGUUGAUCUACGAUUCGUUCAAGGUCUACCUUGGUCUGCCGACUACUGGUGGUCACUAGAUGAGUGUGCAAUGAUUCCAAGAGGUUGGUUUCUUAGGGCGUUGUGGAGUUCAAGUCAGAUGCUGGAG